CUCGUACUGCCACGCAUCAUUGACAUCACACUGCACGACCAGUACCAUCGCGUCGGCGCAGCAGGAACUCUGGCAGGGUCAUAGGCUUAGGGCAGAGAACCAACCCACACUCUUUUCAAACCGUCUUGACACAACAGCGACAGCGAGGCUGGACCUUUGCUAUACGCCUAUACCCUCUGCAUCCGCAUCCAGACACACUCGAGCACUCAUCGCAAUAUGCCCUCGCGCAAGCAAGUCAACCGCAACCGGGUUGCUUUGUUGAUCUGCACUGCUCUAGUCGGCGUUGCUCAGGCCGGCAGUGGCCCUUUCGUCAUCCCGCUGCACCAAAACCUGGCUCGGCAAAGCUCAGAUGCUUUUGUCAAUCCGUUUACGGACAACAAUGGCGAUGUUAUUUUGCCAGCCGUCGAUGCUGCUUCCCUCUCAAAUCUGAGCGGUGUCAUGGCAAGCAAGUGGCACGGCCGCAACAUCAGUGCGCCAGAAGUUACCAACGCGACCGCGCAAAGCAUAUCAGUCAGCAAGGCCGAGCUCAGUCAGUCUGGCCUCGUCGUCAACGCAGUCAAAGAAUUGGUCUCUGUCGGCCCUAACCGGACGCUGAUCAGCUCCUCCGGCGAAAGUGUUGGCAAAUACAAUCAGACUGUGACGUGGUCUAACGGCACGCAACACCUCAACGUCACCUGGACCCCUCCAACGGCGCAGAUCAAAUCCAAUAACAAUGCGACCAUUGCGAGCAAUACGUCGUUGCCCACCAAUUCUACCAUGCCGAGCAAUUCGAGCACAACGAGCAACACUACGUCGACGUCGAGCGCUGCCAACAAUCACACCACGGCGAUCAAUGUGACCAGCGCAAGUAACACGACCCAUCACGCCAAUCACACGGUCGCGAUCAACACGACCAGUAUUCACAACACAUCCAGUCCCACUGCGGGCAAUGUGACCACGCUGGCUAAUGAGACCGUCAGCAGAUCGCUUCACAAGGCCAACCUUUCGCAAGCAGCGAAUGCAGGCCCGUCCGGAGCAGUCAAAGCAUCCGAUCUGCCCGAUGUCAAUAGCUCGAUUCCUGGACCUGCUGGCAAGCUCAUUCACGAUGCUGCAAAUAGCAUUUCGGGCGCACUCAAGUCUGUCGGCUUGUCGAAGCGGCAGGACGAGGAGGAUGAUGGUGAUGCUGACUCGUAUGAUCCGGACGAGGACUCCGAUGACGACGACGAUGAAAGCGAACAGUCUAUCUAUAAACGCGCCGCCAGACGACACAAAAAGCAUGCAGCAAGGGCGCACGCGCACAAGCAUUCACACAAGUCAAACCGAUCGCCUGUGGUCGCGAGGAAAGUGUCAGCAAAACACCGAAAGACACAGCGCAAGACCUCGCAGAAAAAGUCCAAGUCGAGCAAGCACAAGGCUACCGUGAUCGCGGCGAACAAGGCAGGCGCAUCAGCGACCAAGAAGGGCGAUACGACGGCUACGAAGAAGUCGUCCGCGUCUAGUACCAAGAAGACAAGCUCGGGCUCGUCGGCAUCGCACGCGGUGACUGCAAGCAAGACGCGCAGUAACACGGUGAUGCAGCUACAGGACGUCGUCGGUGGAUCGGCAAAUUAUGACAUGUCCUACUAUGGCAUUGUUCAGAUCGGCACGCCGCCUCAGCUAUUUACCGUUCAAUUCGACACAGGAUCGGCUGAUCUGUGGGUCAUGUCGAGCGCCUGCGGCAGCGGCUGUCCAUCCGGCAGCAAAUAUGCUGCAGCCAAAUCGUCGACUGGCGCAUCCCUGAAGAAGACCUUCUCGAUCGCAUACAAUGACGGCACCUCCACGACCGGCACAUGGAUGUCAGACGCGGUCGCAGUUGCAGGCAUAUCGCACAGCGCGCAAGCCUUCGGCGCAGUCUCUUCGCUCGAUGGUGACUUUAGCUCCGGACCCGGCGUUGGUCUGCUCGGCCUUGGCUUCGAAGCCCUAUCGACCGGCAACAUGGUGCCGUGGAUGCAGAACGUUAUCGCUGCCCAUCAGCUAUCCAGCAACAUUUUUGCAAUGGCGCUCGGGCGGACAAAGUCAGGCACGCAGUCAUCAAUGACUGUCGGCGGCGUGGAUCCUUCUAAAUUCUCUGGAUCGAUCAGCUACGUCAACGUUGCCGGCAAUUCUGGUUUCUGGACUGUACGACUACCCAAGAUCACAGCCACGACCAGCGCGAAGAAGGUCGGAGGUAGCUACAGUGUACUGGCAGUCAUCGACUCGGGUACGACGCUCAUCCUUGCUCCCGCCGAUCAAGCGCGCGCAUUCUGGGCGGCCGUACCAGGAUCGGCGCCGGUAGCAGGCGCAGCCGGCUACUACUCGUACCCAUGCUCUACAAAGGUAGCAGCAAGCUUCCAAUUUGCGGUCGGCGCCGCGAUAACAGUCGCGGAGAGCGACAUGCAAUUUGCCACCAUCAACGGCAAAUGUGUUGGCUCCAUUGUCGGCAGCGCAUCGCUUGAUACCUGGAUCCUGGGCGCAGCUUUCAUGCGGUCUGCUUAUACCGUCUUUGAUGUCUCAAAUUCGAGAGUGGGCUUCGCCACACCAACGUAUUAAAACCGAAGCAAAAACUCAUGACAUCAUCAGCAUACUGUACACUGGCGCUAGCCAACGCGCAUCGAUUACGACCUCUGCACGCAAAGGGCCAAUAUGGGGGAAACCAACGAGUUCGCACUUUCUUGAGCCCACCGACUUCACUCGUCGACUUUCUUAUCGCACUUCGCCGUCGUUAGCUGUUGCUCGCGGCUGAUAAUGCAUGGACAUUUCAGUACAUCGCGUGACAAGUACAUCGCGUGACAAGAAAUGGAGGUAACGAGAUCAUUCGGACGUAUCACAGGAUUCGAUCAGGCGAUGCAGUCAGGCUGAGUCGCUUGGCAGCCUUGCGCGUGAGGUUGAUUGAUCUGGCGAACAUCGAUGCCGAACGAGUGAGAUGAGGAUUGGCUACGGUGGCGCUAUGCAAGGUAGCAUUGUCCUGAACGGCCAAUGCAGGUUCUGGUCCU